AUGACUCCAUUUCAAGCCUUGUAUGGCUACACUACACCCCACCUAGCAUUUCCAGUACAAGGCACCACUUCAGUUGUUGCUGUUCAGGACUACCUUGUUGAGAGAGAUCACAUGCUACAAUUACUCAAGGAAGACCUUUCUAAAGCUCAACACAGAAUGAAGCAUUUUGCAGAUGCCAACAGGACUAACAGAUCUUUUACUGUAGGAGAUUUGGUAUUCUUAAAAUUGCAGCCUUACAGACAAUCUUCUGUUUCUCUGAGAUCUAAUAUGAAGUUGUCUGCUAAAUACUUUGGACAAUUUGAAGUGUUGCAGAGAAUUGGCAAGGUAGCUUACAAACUCAAAUUACCAGUGGAUUCAAGAAUUCACCCAGUUUUCCAUGUGUCUCAGCUGAAGAAGAAGAUAGGCCAACAUGUUUCAACUACCACUUCCCUGCCACUGGUUGAUCCUGCUGGUUCCUUCAUUAUCACUCCAAUUGCAGUUCUGGAUUCCAGAUACAUCCUCAGAGGAGACACCACCAUUCACCAAUUACUUAUUCAUUGGGCUGGAGCUCUUGUAGAAGAUGCAACAUGGGAAGAUGCCUAUCACAUUCAUUCUCAAUUCCCAGAGUUUAUCCUUGAGGACAAGGAUCUUCAAAAGGGGAGAGUAUUGUCAUGUAACUAA